CGGUGGCUGCGGGUGAUCGCGACGCUGGACGCCUACUUUGCGCGCAGCAGCAGCAGCCCCGAAGCAGAUGGGGCCCUUACAGAUUUGCCGCUGUCUUUGCUGCUGCCGGCGCUGCAGUUCUUUUGCGGGGACGAAGAGGGCAUUGCUGCGCGCUGCUGCUGCUGCAACCAGUGCCUUGGCUUCCCCAGCAGCAGCAGCAGCAGCAGCAGCAGCGAGGGGAAGGAGUGCUGGCAGAGGAGCAGCAAAGUCUGGAGGGACUGCCUCUACAGAGUGCUGCCCAGACAUGACCUGCACAACGACCUCUGCGAAAUCCUGGUCAGCAAGAGCCUUGGCUGUUUCUGCCUCCGCAGCAGCAGGGAGCAGGAAAUUGCCAACCAGCUGAGGGCCUACAAAGCCACUUUGUUAACAUCUUUGGAGCAGAUGCAGGCUGCUGCUGCUGCGCUGCAGCAGCUGCAGCACGAGAUGCAGCUGCUGCAGCUGCAGCACAGGCACCACUUGCGCGUGGCGCAGCACUUGCAGGAACGGCUCCAGAAGCAGCAGCAGCCGCAGCAGCAGCUGCAGCAGCAGCUUCAAGAAGCAGAAGCAGCAGCAGCAGAAACCGCAGAAAAAAUGCAUGAGGCAACUGAACAGUCAAAGCAGCACGAGAGGGACUUCGCGGGCCACACGCAGCGCUGCGAGCUGUACGUCUCCUUUUUAGGGGAUUUGCUGCUGUGUCAUCCUUCCAUGUUGCGCCGCGAAAUAGCGAAGCAGCACGUGCAGCAGCAGCAGCAGCAUUGUGAGGAGCAGCAGCAGGAGCCUCAGCAAGGCGAAGCGGGCGCAGCAGCAGCAGCAGCAGCAACAGGAGAGUGCCUGCUGGAUUUGCUGUGGAGAAUAGUGACUGCAGCAGAAGCAGCAACAAAGCGACUGCAGUCCUUCGCCCUGCGGGUGCUGAUGAAGCUGCUGCUGCUGGGCCUAGUGCAGCAGCAGCAGCUGCAGAAGGAGCAGCAGCAGCGGCACGACCAGCAGCAGCAGCAGCAGCAAGACAUGGAGCAGACGCAGGCCGUGCUGGCUAGCAGAUUUGAAGUGCUGCUGGAGGCCCUUUACCUGCAGCCUGUGCUGCAGCACCAAUAUAGGGAACACGAGAAAUAUGUGAGCCUGCUGCUGGCAGCAGCUCCAAGCAGCAGCUAG